UGGAAGGGGAGGGGCCCGCUCCGCCCUUUUCCCACGCGUAAACCGGUACGUCCGAGACGGAAGGUUACGCGCUCCGACUUGGACCGUCGUCUUCCGUUCUACCGGCCGCGGCCACUCGGAGGGAAAAAGAGGGACCGUCCGGUUACCGAUAAAACCGGGAAUACCUUCGGACCGAAUCCCCGAAAUAAUAAUAAAAGCCUCCGCGGCCCGACAAAAACGAAUUUUCCAAACCGACUGGGAUGGGGAAUCGUUUGUUUUUGGCCUUCCGUGGGCGGAAAAACGGGAAAAGUAGGUAAUUCCGAGGUUGUUUUUUGUUUUAAAUGUGGUAGAAUAUAAAAAUACGGCUAAGGAAUAAGUACGGAAAUAAAAAUAGAGCGGAUUUAUUUUUAUCCGGGCCAAUCAUUUGGCAAGAGAAGAGAGAGAAGAAAAAAAAUAAAGACUCCCACGUGCCAACUCGUUCCUCGAUAAAAUCCAAAAGGAACUUUUUGGCUGGGAAAUUGCCGUAAUUAUUACAGCCGCCGCGGAUAAAGCCGGCAGCGCAUUCUUAUCGACGACGUAACGUAUUCGGUAAGGAGAAGUGGCCGGAGAGGGCCGGUGACUUAAGUAAAGAAGCGACGUAUAGCGAACCACUGGGCGAUAAUCGGUGAAAAUUUCGCCUUUGCCCGCUUCCAAUUCGAACUCGGAGUAUUCCAGUUACGGGCGGAAGGAAUUUCUCCUCCCGGGCCCCCGCUUACCGAUUAUCUAACGGCGUACCGGGGAGGCAGUUAUCGUCUACCGGACAUUUUUUUUUCUUUCGAUAAAUAAAUAAUGAAAUAAUACGGGUUUGUAGGUAAACGGGAAACGACCUUUCCACCAUUUUAUUCUCGGAUCGAUCCUUAAUCGACCACGACGGAAAACUCGUACCGAAAGAAACCAGCCGUCACCGUUUCCUCCACGGUGAAUACGGCGCGGGUGGAUAGGACCGGGGUCCCAGCGCAUUUCUCCGCCAUUACCGUAUCGAAUUGGCCGUAUUUUACGCUUUGUAUUUAAGGUGGCGGCCGAGUCGUCUUACCGCGGACAACAAUUUGUAAAAUUACGGCCGGAGUUAUCCGGAAGGCGACGAAUUAUACCCGGGGCCCAUUAGGCCUUUCGACCGCGGUAAUAACUUAAUUAAUUCUCGGUUGGGCGUAAGGCGACGCUUCUUUAAUUUUAAAAUACUUUUUAUCGGGGAAAUAUUUUAAUAUAAGAAAAACAUUUUUUGCCUCCGUCGUCCGGUCUUAAAGUCGGCUAAAAUAUGCGCCGCUUUAUAAUUACUUUAUAAUAAUUUUAUUAAGAGAUUAUUAAAUUUGCCCGGCCCAGGCGACGGAACGCUACCCUGGCCUAGGUACGUACCCGGUUAAUAGUCGUCCAUUAGCGGUGCCGGAGGGUGAUCGACCUUCGCCUCGGCGUCUCCAUAUUUUAUUAUUAAUAAUCGACCGAAAAAGAGGGAAAAGGCGGUAAAUGGACCAGACGCCUUCUUAGCCGGGUACCAACGACUUUAAAUAAUUACGUUUCCGUUUCCGUCCGCCACCCAGUCCGAGACCGACGUCAAUUAUUUAACCGUUGGGUUUUUAAUCCGAAUAUUAAAUUUUGACCAACGGCGUGGGUAUUUAAUUAAAAAAAUCCAGUCUUCUCCUCUAUUACUCGGCCGUUAACUCCACCAGAAACGCCGGUUCUUUUCUUUUCCCGCCCGCCCUACUAAUAGAAACUACGCGCUGGUACGCGUAACGCCGGUAUUUUUAUUUUCUCGGGCCUAAGUUACGCGCGCCACGCUUCCGCUCGACUCGGAAAUUAUUUCCACUCCUUUUUCUAGCCUUUAGCUAAGUGCCGACGAAAAUCCACCUCUCUCCCGGCCAAUUUAUCGAUUUCUCUUUCCGGCAUCGACCGGGCGGCCGAUAAAAAUAAGCCGGAUCCGGGAUUUUCGGCCGAAUUUUUCCUUUAAGAAACGGAUAGACCGCUGUCGUCUCUAACAAAUAUCCGGACCGUAUUGCCGGCCUACCACCCGCGCCGCCCUUCCGCCUCGGAAGAUGGACGGUGGAAAGCCACCGACUCCUUUUCUUGUAGUCCAAUCCCCGUUUAAUUAAUGGGAAAUAACGAAAAAUCGGCGCUUUACGGGGUGUACGUUCCGCGCCAAUUAACGGGGGUUCCGAGGAAGAAACUGCCUGGUCCCGGGUUGGGACGGCGAAGGAAUUUUUGCCUCCCAUCCCAUACCCGGCGUCUCUUGGCGGGGAUAGUAAUUAAAGUUUGGCCGCGGGAAAGUGGUUUUGGCCCGGGAAGCGGACACCGGAGCCAGAUUAAGGACGGGAAGGGCGCCAAAGGCGCGGGCGGAGGCGGAAGGCUUUUGGAAGCGCGGAGCGUACGCAAAUAGACGGCGGUGCGCGGGUGGAGCGUAGCGGGCCAGCGGCUACAAAAUUUUAGCCCGGGCGAAGAAGAGGGAGCGGAGAAUUUACUGGAAUCACGGGUGUAUUUAUAGAAGGCAGAAGCUUAAGGCCGCAGACUUUAUUGAUCGAAAACGUUUUUGAACGAGGUGGCGGACUUUGGGGUUAAAAGAAAAUAAUUGAUGGCGGAUAAACGGAAAGGAAAUAUUGGUCCGUCCUCCGUUAUCGUAACGAAAUUAGCCAAUGACUUAAAAACGGGAAAGAAGAGGAGAAAAGACGAGGGUAUCGAAUCUGGCAGUUAUUACUCGGUAAAAAUAGAAAUAACCGGCAGAAAACGGCGGAGUUAGUCGAAAACAUUGGAGACUUUCGAUAGAAACUUUUUUAUUAAAAUCGCCAUAAGACAUUUUAACCAUUAACUAACUUAACCCCGUCGUUUUAGCCUACGAGUCGGACCAAGAUUUCCUCCUUGGCCCGGGCAAAUUCCGGAUUUGUACGGAAGACGCCGGUGGGUUAUUAAUAAAAUUGAAUGGCCGACCCUUUUAAUCGAUAACCUCCGGAGAUACAAACCCACCCGGAAACCACCAAAUUGCUCGCGCCGUUAUUCCCGUCCGAGGUUUUAAUUUAACCGAAUUAACUAACUGGCGAAUGGCAAUAUUUUUACGGAACCGGUCGACCGGCUAAAUUUUCUUUAAUUAGCUGCAUUUUUAAGGCGGUCCCGAGCCCCUCGGAGGGUCGGGCCGAAAACACCGCCGGGGAAAGUCGACGUCUCGGCGCUCGACCAGGUGUCACUUUCCAAAUAACGGGCGUUGCCGUGCCGACCGGAAAGGUCCAUUCCCGUGGAAGAGAAGGAAGGUGGGCCCCCGGGAUGGGACCAAAGUCGGGAGAAAAUCUCGCUCCUUACCGCCUUUAACGACGGAAGUCGACCUUCUACCCGCCCUCUCCCGGCCGGAAGUGGCCGAGACCGGAAAAAGAAACAAUGCGACGGAGAAAACUUAACGGAAGGUAAAAUAUUAAAAUGUCAUUUUUAAAGUGGAAAUUAGGCGGCGGGCGGGGUACACCGCCGGCGGAAGCGCGUUUAUUUCUAUUUAAAUAAAUGUUUAAUAAGGGAAAAGAAUAUUAAAAAAACUGCGGCCGAUCCUCCGGAGAAUACGCAGUCUCGAUUCUGUUUAAGGACAAACCGAGAAAUUGAUCGAUGGCUGGGUUGUGACGUCACGGGCCGCUGGCUAGUGGACCGGGCGCGUACCACGUGGUAGGGCAGUGCGACGGGAUCGGCAGGAGAGGGUAGAGGUCGGACGGCGGCCCGGCAUCCCUAACCACCGACCUUUGACCUUUCUCUUCCGUUGUCGCUAGGUGGCGCUGCGCGGGUGACCUAGAUCGAGCAGCGACGACGGGACGGGCUCCGGGAGGAGAGCCGACCGGCAAUAAAGAAUCCGCUGCCAUGGUGAAGCGGGCGUAGCGCAUCGGCGGCGAUGAUCCCAUACGCUACGUGUAUGUGUCCGGGAAGGAGGUUCAGGAGCUGGACCGUGGUCGGGUCCAACGCUCAGGGACGGGGAAGUGCGGUGGUCCAGCGUCUCCCGGGAAACUGUCUCUGCAUCAAAAUGAACGAUUCACCGGGCCGAAGGGCGGAAGACCGAGAAGAAGGAGAGGGAGAAGACGGACAAGUGCCGGGUAAGUACGCCCUUGGCCCCCGCCCGAGCCCGCCGCUAACGCCGUGCUUCUUUGCAGCCCGGGUCGGACCGCCCGGCGUCGCCCCCUUCCGAACGCUGCGCAAGAGAAGACCCGGACGCCCGAUAAUCGCUCCGCGCACCUACCGACUCUGUCUCCUAGACACCUGCUACAAUCGAACCACCGACAGGCUGUUGUCGCGCAGCGACCGGUGGGCUUUUAACACCUUCAACCUGGACGUGGCUACCGGAGGACGGUCCCUGUCCGUCCUCCUCGUCCACCUCUUCCGCACCUACGGACUGGUCGAGGCUUUCCGCCUGGACGCCGUCAAGGUCUGGAGAUGCUUCGGCAUAAUGGAAGCCACGUACCACAGCCACAAUCCGUACCACAACUCGGUCCACGCCGCGGACGUCGCUCAAGCCAUGCACUGCUUCCUGGCGGAGAAAAAGAUUUCGGCCCACCUGACGCCCACCGAAGCCAUGUCGGCCCUGAUAGCCGCGGUCGGACACGACCUGGACCAUCCCGGCGUCAACCAGCCCUUCCUGGUGGCCACCUGCAAUCACCUGGUCGAGCUCUACCAGUGCUCUUCCGUGCUGGAAAACCACCAUUGGAGGAUAGCCGUCUCCUGCCUGAAGGAAUCGGGAGUCUUCGACCACUUGGACAAGGCUACGUGGGACGACAUCCAAUGGCGGGUCCGAUCCCUGAUCCUGGCCACAGACAUCACUCGCCAGCAGAAAUUCCUAGCGAGAUUCAAGAUACACUUAGAGAACCAGACUCUGGACACCGAGGAGAAGGACGACAGACACUUUACGCUUCAGAUAGCUCUCAAGUGCGCGGAUCUGUGUAAUCCCUGUCGUCCCUGGUCGAUCAGUCAGCGAUGGAGCCACCAGGUGUGCCAGGAAUUCUACCGACAAGGAGAUUACGAGAGGCAGCUGAAUCUCCCGGCCACUCCCACUUUCGACCGCCAAAGGACGACCGUAGCCAAGAUUCAAGCGGACUUCUUCAAGUUCAUCGUGACGCCGCUGUUCGAGACGUGGCACCGCUUCCUGGACUCUUCGCUGUCCACCCAGCUGGUCUUCAACCUGCACCACAACCACCGCCGAUGGAAGAAGAGGCUGGAGCGAGAGAGGGACCAGGCCCAUCUGCCGUCUCCCGCAGACGAGGCAGCGCCGCCGUUCCCGGAAGACCCGACGGAGUCCGAAAUUCCCUUCACCCAACCCGUCGGCGACUCUCUGGACCUGGAGACGCCGACGGAAGAACUGGAUCCCACCACCAGCGUGGUCUCUCUCACCGACCACAACAGGGCGUUGCGACUGCGCAGGGUCAGGGUCAUCUCUCGAGUGGAAACGCGCUUCUUCAAACCGGGCCGACGGCCGAAGCCGGGGGACGAAGACGAGUGCGUCGACGGCUGUUGCACUCCGCCCCAAGACAAAGCGGCGGCCACCUGGUGUUGGCGCAUCAGCAGGAGUCUGUCGGAGGAGCGACCCCAGCUUCCCAGCAAGGAGUUCGACUCUCCCGCUCACUCCCGGAAGGGUUCCGUCUACGGCGCGGGGCGCAGAAGAGGAUCCGCUCCCGUGGCCACCGGAAGGUACGCCCCCUAUCCGUCGGAGGCGGAAGCGUGCGGGGGUCUUCGCGGAGGAGGCAGAAGGUGGUCGGUACCCUCCGAACCCACUUCCGGUACCCUGGAUCCGGCGGGGUUGGAGUGGAACGGAGAGCCGCACGGACGCCGAGGUUUCGCACUUCCGGAUCUUCGACCCGCCUCCGUCGACCGGAAACGGGAGCCGGGAGGACCCGAGAAGAGCGCCGGGACGGAGGACGAAGGCCGGGCGCCGUUGCUGGCGGGAUUUUCGGCGGUGUUGUCUCGCGCCGCGCAGACCGGUCGCCGGGGGUCGCUCCCCGCCGAUCUUUUCGUCUCUUCGCCCAGGAGCCGGGCCAGACCCGAGGGACGGGACCGUCGACGAUCGGCGGGAGAGGUGCUGAGCGUGCUCUUGGGUUCGGCGGGGACGGUGACCGGCCUGCGGGGCCUGGAGGCCGCCUCCAAGGGCCUGGUGAGUUACCGAAGACGAGGUUCCGACGGAUUGGAGUUGCUGUACGGCGUCUGGCGAUGCGGAAGGGCGGAUUUCGGCGGACGGGUGGUGACCGGCAGGUACAGACUGGCGCCCAGUUCCGACGUUCCCGAUCGCAGCCCGAAGAUAGAAGACUUGGGCCGCUUCUGCACAAAUUACUCGUUUUCCGGCAGCCCGGGAAUCUCGGCACCGGAAGAGCGCCCGUACCACAGGAGAGCUUCCGUGCCCGUCACAGGUGCGUACGGCAGUUUGGGAGACGGGACGUCCUAGCCGGCGCCGGGCCGCCCGAUGUAGAGACUCAUCUAUGCAAUAGGACGGCGGAUCCGGUCGACUUUUACCCCGGGAAUAGAACGGCGAUCCGACCCGUUCCGUAAUACGUAAUCCCGGUGGCCGCGGGCGUCUAGCGCCCGGGCGGUCCUCCCCCGUCGCGCACCUUUUGUAUCUUAGCGUCGUCCGCCGGUAGACGCCGUUUUAACACCCGCCCGCCGUUCCCGUCCGCCCCUCUCUUCCGUUAGUUGGUUAGAACGGGCGGGGACCGUCUCCACCCCUUAGGACCCGCCGUAGCCGUAGCCACGUGUUUUCUUUUGUAAUAGAUUAACCGUGUGGGAAUUUUAAGUGUUCGGUGUAGUGGACGUUGGUGUAACGGUUCCGGAAGCUGGCACAUUAAAAUACCUUCUGACCGUC